AUGAAGGUUGUGCGACGCAAGGGCAAGGUGCGCGUGAUCUGCAAGAACGACCCCAAGCACAAGCAGGGCAAGGAGCGACGCGGGAUGCCUCGUAUCGUUGGUGUUGAAAUUCCGGAUCGCAAGAAAGUGCGCUACUCCCUCCGCUACAUCCACGGCAUCGGGCCGAAGUUCGCGGACGAGAUCUGUGCCAAGCUGAACAUCGACCCCGAGAAGCUCGCGACCGAGCUGACCGAGCAGGAGCUCGCCGCCAUCGGUGGCAUGCUCGACUCGGACUACGUCGUCGAGGGCGCGCUCCGCCGUCAGGUCCAGCAGAACAUCGCCCGCCUGCGCGACAUCCGCGCCUACCGCGGCGACCGUCACCGCCGGGGUCUCCCGACCCGCGGCCAGCGCACCAAGUGCAACGCUCGCACCCGCAAGGGUCGCGCCAAGACCGUCGCCGGCAAGAAGGGCGUGAAGGGCUAA